GAGCUUAAUCAGGAUCACACAACAAUAAUGAAUGGAAACACGUCGUAGCCAAGAAAGUUGAGCAGCAACUAGAAAAGUAACUGUCGGUGCGCAUUUUUGAAAGUUAUCUGCCGCAGGUGUUAGGAGAAGAAAGAUCUUGUUGUAAGUAAUGGAUUGGCCAGGCAGGUUAGAAAGUGCUUUCUGGAAGCGAAAGCAGCUGUGCUGUUAUAGUAACUUUUAAAUGUUUUGAAGGGGAAACUACAGUGGAAGACACUGUAAAAACCUGAGCGCGUCGUUAUUCGUGCGUAAAUGGCAUUUUGGAACAGUAACGCGCUGUCAGUUUGCUGGAUUAUUUGGAUUUGAAUGAAACUCGUUGGAAUACGUGGGAGAUUUUUUUUUCUUUAAAUUGGAUUAUUACCACUAAAAGAAGGAUUGGAAAGAUUUUUUUUAUAAAGAGGAUCCAUUACUAAAAGAAGAAGAUGGGGAAUAUAGAGAGUGUGGAUGGCCAGUCGGAGAUGAAGCAUCACAUCAUGCCUCUGAAGGUGCCCAUGCCUGACCCCACCGAGCUGGAGGAGAAAUUUGCCAUUGUUUUGAAUUCUAUGAACCUGCCUCCAGACAAAGCCCGGCUGCUCAGACAGUAUGACAAUGAGAAGAAGUGGGACCUCAUAUGCGACCAGGAGAGGUUUCAGGUGAAGAAUCCACCUCACACCUACAUUCAGAAGCUACGAGGAUACUUAGACCCUGGAGUCACACGAAAGAAGUUUCGGAGGCGUGUGCAAGAAUCUACGAAAGUCUUGAGGGAGCUGGAGAUAUCGCUGAGGACGAACCAUAUUGGGUGGGUCAGGGAGUUCCUCAAUGAUGAGAACAGAGGUCUUGACGUCCUGGUGGAGUACCUUUCCUUUGCCCAGUGUGCAGUCAUGUUGGAUUUUGAGGGGCUGGAAAAUGGGGAGGAUGGCUUCUUGGACAAGGCUAAAUCUUGGAGCAGGUCCAUAGAGGAUCUGCACCAUUCGAGCACCCAACCCUUCUGCAACACACUGGUGCGCUCGGCUCGCCAGUCUGUCCUCCGCUAUGGCACGGUUUCGAACAGCAAAACCAUCAAGAACUCUCGGCUUGUGAGUCAAAAAGAUGAUGUGCACGUGUGCAUCAUGUGCUUGAGAGCGAUCAUGAACUAUCAGUAUGGCUUCAAUAUGGUCAUGUCUCAUGCACAUGCAGUCAAUGAAAUUGCUCUCAGCUUGAACAAUAAGAACUCGCGGACAAAGGCUUUGGUUCUCGAACUGCUGGCUGCCGUCUGUCUCGUCCGAGGAGGUCACGAGAUCAUCCUUUCAGCUUUUGACAACUUCAAAGAGGUGCCCAGAGCAACUUUCUAAUGAAAUUUGAACCAUUAACAUUGUUGAACGGUUUAUAAUUGAGUGGUAAUGCCUUGUUUAGCCUGCGAGGGCAGAACGUACCAAAAGCAAAUAUUCUCAUGUGCAUAAAAGCAUAAAGAACCAGAGCAGAGGGAGGGACGUUCAGGAACUCUGGGAGAUUUCACGUCUACUGAGGGUGUAAGCAAAGCUCUAUGGUGGCCUGUCUAAGGUUAUUAGUCUCAUUAAGACACCAGAUGUGAGCCAACCUUGAACAAUGAUAAGGAUCAGCUCCCCGAUGGGAGCCAGCGGACCACAAAAAUUUGCUUAGCCUCUCAGUUUCUGCCUGUGCAGUCAUCUAAACACCGGAACAGGACAAUUACCUUGCAGUCGAAAGCCCCCCAAAAGACCCAAGAGCUAAUCAACCCACUAGUGAAAACAAAAUGGUAAUUUUGCAAAGGUAUUUUCCAAAAUUGUAUUUUAAUAGAAGGUGGCAGGACUCUGAAAUCACAGAAGAAGGCCACCUAUGGUAUUCAACCACAGCUGCAAUAAUUAACUAUUCGAUCCACAACUGCUAUGUUUAGUCAGGAUGGUAAGAAAUAAGCAUGCUUUUGUACUGACAAAAAACCCACUUCAGAACGUGAAAAAUACA